GCUCUAGAGAACUCAGUCUUUCUCUCUCUACCCCUGCAUUUUUCAGACACCCCAUCCUCUCUUCCAUUCUUCAUCCUCUCCUUCCUUCCUCUUUCGAUUGCUUGGUGACCUCUGGUCUGCUUGUCACUUCCUGAGCCCUUUGACCUUUAACCCCAGGGAGUGCAGGGAGACCAGCAAUUCCUCAGGACAAGAUGCCCCUGACCGUCCCCGGUCUCCCUCGUCUCCCUCGUCGUCUCCCCCGCCUCCCGUCUCUUCCCAGGCUGCAUGGUGUGCCCAUGCCCCAUCUGCCCAUUCCGCCUGGCCUCUGCCAGGGGCCUCGGAGGCUGCUGCUGGACUGCACCUCUGUCCUGGACCAUCUCCCAGUCUCAGGUGUGUGUGGAUGCUGUGGGGCUUUGAGACCUCGCUAUAAGAGGCUGGUGGACAACAUCUUCCCAGAAGACCCAGAGGAUGGUCUCGUGAAGGUAAACAUGGAGAAGCUAACGUUCUAUGCUCUGUCAGCUCCAGAGAAGUUGGACCGUAUCGGAGCCUACCUCUCCGAGAGACUGUCCAGAGACGUGGCCCGACACAGAUACGGAUAUGUGUGUAUAGCCAUGGAGGCGUUGGACCAGCUGUUGAUGGCGUGUCACUGUCAGAGCAUCAACCUGUUUGUGGAGAGUUUCCUCACUAUGGUCCGCAAGCUGCUGGAGGCUGACAAACCCAACCUACAGAUACUAGGAACCAACUCAUUUGUGAAGUUUGCCAACAUCGAGGAGGACACUGCGUCGUACCACCGCAGUUAUGACUUCUUCGUGUCGCGUUUCAGCGAGAUGUGUCACUCCAGCUACGAAGAUCCCGAUGUACGCACCAAGAUCCGUAUGGCAGGUAUCCGUGGUCUCCAAGGUGUGGUAAGGAAGACAGUGAGGGAUGAGCUGCAGGCUAACAUAUGGGAGCGUCAACACAUGGACAAGAUAGUCCCCUCUCUACUGUUCAACCUGCAGGACCCCACAGACAGUAGUUCUCCUGGCUGUGAGAAAGAGAGUCCAGCUGAGUUGACUGAGAGAUGCUUCAGAGAGCUGCUGGGUAGAGCUGCCUACGGGAACAUUAAGAACGCUAUCAAACCUGUACUAAUGCACCUGGAUAACCAUUCUCUGUGGGAGGGGAAGAGCUUUGCUGUUCGCUGCUUCAAGAUCAUCAUGUACUCGAUCCAGUCACAGCAUUCUCACCUGGUUAUUCAGCAGCUGCUGGGUCAUCUAGAUGCCAACAGUAAGAGUACAGCCACAGUGCGUGCUGGGAUAGUGGAGGUCCUGUCUGAGGCUGCUGUCAUUGAGGCCAGUGGCUCUGUGGGCCCAACAGUACUGGAGGUAUUCAACACCCUGUUGAAACAGUUGAGGCUGAGUGUGGACUAUGAACUGACUGGAACCUGUGACCCAUAUUGCAACAACAAGACAACUACUGACCAGGAGAGACAACUACAGGAGGCUGUGAUCAAGACCAUCGGAUCCUUUGCCAACACGUUGCCGAUCUACCAGAGGGCAGAGGUCAUGCUGUUCAUCAUGGGGAAGAUCCCUGUUCCUGGGAUAUACCCUGCCCUGGGCUCACCUAUCGCUGGGUUUGAAGGCAGUAGGAUGAUCCAAGUCAUGCUGUUGAAGUCUUUACUGCAGGUGACAGAGCGGUAUGAGAGUAGUAACAUGUUGGCAGCUCUGCCCUCGUCCUUCUUGGAGCCUCUCCUCUCCUUCACUCUGAUGGAAGAUCCUGAGAUACGACUGCUGGUACUCUCCAUACUCAUCAGCCUCAUAGACAGACACCAGAACACACACAAGUUCACUUUCCUCAGCAUCCUUUCAGAUAUCUCAGUUCUCAAGCUGAAGGUGGACAAGUGUUCCAGACAGGACAACCUCUUCAUGAAGAAGCAUGGCCAGCGUCUAUACAGACACAUCUUCCUGACUUGUUCAGAAGAGAACAGUGGGCGGAGCCACUACCAGGCUCUCUACACCCUAUUGGCUCUCCUCAGCGUGGAACUGGCCAAUGAGGAAGUGGUGGUGGACCUGAUACGCCUGGCCCUAGCACUGCAGGACCUUGCCUUGGCCAAUGAUGAGAGACUAUCUCUGUAUAAUCGCUGUGCUGUCCACGCCCUCUCUGCUGCCUACCUCAGCCUCAUCUCUCAACUCACCACCGUCCCUGCAUUCUGCCAGCACAUCCAAGAAGUGAUAGAGCUGAGACAGAAGGAGGUGCCCUACCUGCUGCCUGAAGACAUCUUUAUUGAAAACCCCAGAGUUCCAGAGUCUCUAGAGCGAGUGGAGGGAGAGGUUUUGUUCCAGCAGUUUCAGAUCGCUGAGGUGCUGGGAGGAAGUGGCUACAACAUAGAAAUCCUGAACACACCGUUCACACCCCAGAUCACAGAUGAGGAUCGCCUGUCGAAGAGGAAAAGUAUAGGAGACACCAUCUCUCUUCAGAUGGACAUGGAUCCACGAUAUAGCCCAGAGAGAGAGCAGAAGUCUCCAGCAGAACAGAUCACCUUUGAGACUCUGAAGAAUGCCAUGGUGGAUAGUGUGAAUGGCGAAGAGCAGGAGAGGGAGAAGAGGAGACUGGUGGUAGAGAGGUUUCAGACUGCCCCCUUCGAGGAGAUCGCCGCCCACUGUGGGGCCAAGUCCUCCCUGCUACAGAGUAAGCUGGACCAGAUCUUUGAGCUGACAAUCAGGCCGCCUCCCAGUCCCUCUGGCUCCGCCUCCCAAGGCCAGACCCCGACCCGCUCUGUUCCUGUUUACGAGAUGAAGUUCCCUGACCUCUGUGUUUACUAGACACACACACACACACACACACACACACACACACACACACACACACACACACACACACACACACACACACACACACACACACACACACACACACACACACACACACA